AUGGAUGAAAACUAUCCAAGGUCAAAGCGUAAGAGGUCAGAUGUUUCAUAUUCACAUCACUUUCGUGUGGAAGUAUUUUAUGCUAUUAUUGAUUUCCAACUUCUAGAGCUCAAUUAUCAUUUUGAUGUAGUGACUAGUGACUUACUCCUUGGCAUGGCUUGUUUGAAUCUGGUUGAUUCAUUUGCUAAUUUUGACAAAGAUAGAAUAAUGAAGUUGGCCGAGUGUUAUCCAAGUGAGUUUGGUGAUAGGGAGCUUCGGGAUCUCAGUUACCAGCUUAAUCGUUUCAUUGUCUAUGCUCGAAAGUGUGAUAGUGUGUUUCUCAAUUUGAAAGGAAUUAAGGAUCUUGCUAUAGUGAUGGCCAAAACAAAAUUGUAUCAAACUUGGUGUCUUGUGUAUUUACUUGUGAAGCUGACGUUGAUUUUACCUGUUGCUACGGCAAGCGUGGAAAGGGCAUUCUCCUCAAUGAAGCUCAUAAAGAAUGAUCUACGUAAUAGCAUUGGUGAUGAAUUUUUGAAUGGUUAUUUAGUUUACAAUAUAGAGCGUAAUGUAUUUGCAACUAUAAGUAAUGAUACUAUUAUGGAUCGGUUUCAAAAUAUGAAAGCUCGUCGAGUACAAAUGCCUGAUACUGCAAAGAAAUGGAUAAAGCAUUUUUGCGGUGCUGCUACUGAAGAUACACCACCUUUGGCAAACAAUAGGAGGUCAUUUGCUAACCUCAAGUAG